CUCAUGUGGUCACGUGAUCUCGUUAUUGUUGCAGUGGUCAAGAUUAUAGCAACCACAUACACGACAAAUUAUUUACUUUUCACAAUUUAUUGCUCUAUCAGCAAUUAAAUUGUUUUUGUUUUACUAUAAUAUUGGCUGAAAUAUCACCGAAUAUUUAUACCAAUUUUUGAUACAGGAAAGAGUAACUACACAUAUACACAGCUUUCUUUAACAUGUUACCAUAUACAUAUACGCAUCUGUCAGUUUCGACUCAGUGUAAAAUCUCUCUCAUAGCAUCACAUAGAAUCAGUAUGUCAAAUAUUUAUCGAUGAAGUUAUAUUCUAUUAUGCAAAUAUUUACCACAGUUUAUUUAAUGUGGAAAAAGAAUGCUAUUCUCGGAUGCUUUUUAACAUAAUGAAUUCAAUAGAAGAAAUUUACGAUUCGAAACGCUGAACACUUCUCUUUGCACAGAAGGCAGUUCAAGCAAAAAGCACAAUCGGCGCGGUCCGCUAUUAAUUAUCAAAGGGCAAAAUCUUGGAGAAUGUGGUCAUUUAAAUCAUGUUUAAGCUCAGAAAUUCCUGAGAUGAAAUAAAUAUGUUAAAAGUAAGCACGCUUUACAUGAGGGUGUUGUCUCAUCACGUAGUGGACGUAAUUAAAAGCAUCGACGACACACAUUUAUAGCAUCAUCGACGAGUAAUGAGGAAAUAUGCUUAUAUACAAGUUUAUAUUUAUUACGUAUGAGCAAGUGAUCUACGAUUGGCGUGUUCUUAUUAAACCAAUAUUUCGUGUGUUAAUAAGGUUAGAAAAGGUAUACCAGUCAUGAAGAGUCCUGUGUCUCAACACUUAAAUGGAAAUAGUCAUCCGGUUCCGUCGCAAAAUGUGUCUCCAUGUAUUGUGUCCCGUUUUGGGAAUACAUCUAACAACUACCAGGUACUGAAAGUAUCUGGGAAAGAUUCUAAUUGUUAUAUUGCUAACAAUAUUGUUCCAAAAAUUGGAAAACAACAAUUGGUGUCAUUAAAUGGAGAUUCUAUAUCCUGCAAUAGUGUCAACAUUAAUGAAGCAUUGGCAUGCGAUGUGGCUUCAAUGCCUAUUGUAAAAACUAAAGCUCUAUGCGUCCAUAUUCGUGAAAACAAAUGGUACGAUGCUGGAAAUGUGGUUUCUGUGGGAGUUGCAGGAACCAGUUUAAAUCAUGCAUUGGAGAGUAUGUCUUUAGCUUACAAUCCAACUACAAAACAAUUAUAUUCUUUAGAAGAAGUAAAUGUAUCCAAUGACACACAGCUGGAUUGUAAAUCUCAAUAUUCAAAUUUUCCUUGUGACCAAAAAGAUGAAUCCUUAAAUGGGAUUUCAAAAGCUGACGAAGAUAAAUAUAUUAGAUUUGAGAGUGGUAGUGCAAACAGUAGUCCUAGAAACAGUUUACCACGUUCUUGUAGUAGUACUGUGUCUUCCCUUAGCGAAGUUUCUCCUUCUGGUAGUUUUUUGAGUUCUGAUGAACAUGUCCCAGAAAAAGUUGAGAAGUCCAAGCGUUGGGGACUAAAUACACUUUUCUCAAAGAAUGUUUUCUUAUGGAAGAACAAAGAUUCUCAACAAUCUACGCCUACAGGUAGUCCAUCAAGGAACGUGGAUAAGGUAGGAGGAAGUUUAGCUCUAAUUCAACAGCCGAGACCAGCGAAUCUACCAGCAAAGAAUGCAAUUGAAGAAGAACGUCAUCGUAAACAAUAUAGUGCAAUUCUAGAAGCAGCAAGGAAACGAGAAUUAAAAGAAGAGAGAGAACGCAAACAGCAACGAGAACUACAGUUGAAAGAAGAAGAAAGAUUAGCAGAAGAUUCUCACACUUGGAAUGUACAAGUCCUCGCUAAAUUUGAAAGUGUUAAGAACACAAAAAAAGUACGUGAACUGUGGUGGCGUGGUCUCCCACCCAGUGUUCGUGGUAAAGUGUGGAAGUUGGCAAUUCCGAAUAAUUUAAAUAUAACAACACAUCUUUACAAUAUAUGUUUUGACAGAGCAAUGACAAGUCCUGUAAGUGACACACUAGCUGCAAUCAAAUUAGAUGUAUCACGUACCUUUCCUACCUUAUGUGUCUUUCAAGAAGGUGGACCAUUAUCUGAUAGUCUACAAGGUAUUUUGGCAGCUUACGCUGUUUAUAGACCUGAUGUAGGUUACGUACAAGGUAUGAGUUUUGUGGGUGCUAUAUUAUCAUUAAACAUGGAACCUCCAGAUGCCUUUAUUUGCUUUGCUAAUUUAUUGAAUCAUCCUUGUCACAGGGCCGCUUUUACAUUAGACCAAAAACGAAUGGAGAUUUACUACAAAGUAUAUUCUAGUGCACUUGCACAUAAGCUGCCAAAAGUCUUUUCUCAUUUUACAGAAGCUGGUCUGAGUCCAGAUUUAUAUUUGUUAGAUUGGUUGUAUACUAUAUAUGCCAAAGCAAUGCCUCUGGAUGUUGCAUGUAGAAUCUGGGAUGUUUUUCUCAGAGAUGGAGACGAGUUCCUCUUUAGAACAGCACUCGGCGUAUUACAUUUAUAUCAGGAAGAAUUAUUGAAAAUGGAUUUUGUACAUGGAGCACAAUUUCUUACUAGGUUGCCAGAAAAUUUACAGGCAGAAGCUUUAUUUAACAGUAUUAGUCAAAUGUCUACUACUGUUGGAACAACAACGUUCCAGCAAAUGUUAGUUCAAUUUUCUUCAUUGUGAUUUUGUGGAUUAUGAUAAAGAGUGUAUAAAAGUAGCCAGAUCUAAAAGAAUGAAUCUCAAAUACUAUUUUUAUUAUUCUAAACAACAAAAGAUAUUUUUGUGCUGAACACGUGAUUAUUAUUUAUAUAGGUUU